AGAGUCUGGGAGUUUUGGGGCCGAAGUCUUCCCCAGAGCAGCUGCCUUGAUGUUUACUUUGACAAGUAGUGACUGAAAAGUUCCACCAGGUGAGAAGAGUGAUGACCAUCCUUUUCCUUACUAUGGUUAUUUCAUACUUCGGUUGCAUGAAGGCUGCCCCCAUGAAGGAAGCAAACGUCCGAGGACAAGGCAGCUUGGCCUACCCAGGUGUGCGGACCCAUGGGACUCUGGAGAGCGUGAAUGGGCCCAAGGCAGGCUCCAGAGGCCUGAAUUCCUUGGCUGACACUUUUGAACACGUGAUAGAAGAGCUGUUGGAUGAGGACCAGAAAGUUCGGCCCAAUGAAGAAAACAAUAAGGACGCGGACUUGUAUACUUCCAGGGUGAUGCUCAGUAGUCAAGUGCCUUUGGAGCCUCCUCUUCUCUUUCUGCUUGAGGAAUACAAAAAUUACCUGGAUGCUGCAAACAUGUCUAUGAGGGUCCGGCGCCACUCUGACCCCGCCCGCCGUGGGGAGCUGAGCGUGUGUGACAGCAUUAGCGAAUGGGUAACAGCGGCAGAUAAAAAGACUGCAGUGGACAUGUCGGGCGGGACGGUCACGGUCCUUGAAAAAGUCCCCGUAUCAAAAGGCCAACUGAAGCAGUACUUCUAUGAGACCAAGUGCAAUCCCAUGGGUUACACAAAGGAGGGCUGCAGGGGCAUAGACAAAAGGCAUUGGAACUCCCAGUGCCGAACUACCCAGUCGUACGUGCGGGCCCUGACCAUGGAUAGCAAAAAGAGAAUUGGCUGGCGAUUCAUAAGGAUAGACACUUCCUGUGUAUGUACAUUGACCAUUAAAAGGGGAAGAUAGUGGAUUUAUGUUGUAUAGAUUAUAUUGAGACAAAAAUUAUCUAUUUGUAUAUAUACAUAACAGGGUAAAUUAUUCAGUUAAGAAAAAUAAUUUUAUGAACUGCAUGUAUAAAUGAAGUUUAUACAGUACAGUGGUUCUACAAUCUAUUUAUUGGACCUAUCCAUGACCAGAAGGGAAACAGUCAUUUUGCGCACAACUUUAAAAAGUCUGCAUUACAUUCCUCGAUAAUGUUGUGGUUUGUUGCCGUUGCCAAGAAUUGAAAACGUAAAAAGUUUAAAAAAUAAUAAUAAAUUGCAUGCUGCUUUAAUUGUGAAUUGAUAAUAAACUGUCCUCUUUCAGAAAACAGACAAAAAAAAAAAAACAAAACAAAAAUUUGAACCAAAACAUUCCGUUUACAUUUUAGACAGUAAGUAUCUUCGUUCUUGUUAGUACUAUUAUCUGUUUUACUGCUUUUAACUUCUGAUAGCGUUGGAAUUAAAACAAUGUCAAGGUGCUGUUGUCAUCGCUUUUACUGGCUUAGGGAAUGGGGGCUGGGAGGGGUAUAUUUUUGUUUGUUUUGUGUUUUUUUUUGUUUGUUUUGUUUUUUUUGUUUGUUUUGUUUUUUUUUUUAGUUCCCAUAGGGAGUAGGGAUGGGGAAAGAAUUCCUUCAAUAUAUAUUCUGGUUGAUAAGAGAUUUAUUUGUAUGUUGUAAAGAUGUUUGCAAUAUCAAUCAGAUGACUGGAAAAUGAAUAAAAAUUAAGGCAACUGAACAAAGUGCUCACUCCACUUCCCAUGAUGCACCUCCUAGGCUCCCACUCGCCCUUUGGGCCUUGGUCAGGGGAGGCUCCUUUUGUCUGAAAGACCUACAUUUUCUUAGAGCACAUUCUUUCCCUCCCUCCCCCUUUGGUCCCCUCUUUGUUUUGUUUUCUCUCAAAGGAAGAAAAAUCAGUUGCGCGCUCUGAAAUAAUUUACCACUGCUGUGAACGAAUGAACAAAUUUUGUCAUUGUGGCACUCAUAUAAGCAUGGAGAGCAGGGAUUUCUUUCUUUUCUUUUCUUUUUCUUUUUCUUUCUUUUAUUUUUUUUAAGAAGAGAAAAAGACAACAAAACACAAAAAUGAAGAUUCUUUUUUACGAGGGGUAAACGUUGGGUAAAUCAUUGUAAGACUUCACAGAAUCAUGGUAAGGCUUAAAAAUUAUCUUGCAAGCAAAAGGUGGAGUUCUGUACGGACCCAGAAACGCCUAGUUCAGAGUAGGAGUCCACACGCCAGUGAAAUGAGACUGAAGAGCAGCCAUAUGGAGGCUGUGUGGAGCUGACAUGUCAUUUCCGGGCAGUGCGGGAGAAAUUCCUGAGUGGCCACCCUGAGGUCUAGGUGGGGGUGGGGAAUGGUACUUCAGACAUUCCAGAAGGGAGGACUCUGAAGGACCUUUCAAAGGUGGCUCUGGAAUGACUAUGUCAAGUUGCUUGGACCUCGCGCUUUAAGUGCCUACAUUAUCUAACUGUGCUAAGAGGUUCUCGCUGGAGGACCCCACUCAAGUUGACUUAUGCUCUCCACCCCUGGGUAAUUUGUCCUAAAGCUGGAUAAGCCUGGAGCAGGUUCAGAACCAAAUAUGGCAUUGUGAUCUUGAGACUGAUACAAUGAGAGAGAAGAUGCUUACGACAUGAACACUUACUGCUUUGAAAUUAGACUUGAGGAAACCAGGGUUUUGUCUUCUGAGAACUUUUGGUAAAGGGGAAGGGACAGGAAAAGGCCCCAAAACUCAGGUUGGAUGACCCAAGGCUACUGACAGAAAAUUUUGUCCAGAGACAAGACUUCGAGGUGUCUGCACAUCUAGGACACCUAAGGCUUGAAAAGGUGCCUUGUUCAAUGGAAGAGGCCAGGACUGAGCUGACAAAGUGUUGCUCCCCAGUGAAGGCCUCAGCAACCUCCUGACCAUCCUGUCUGUUCAUGGAGAGGGUCCCUGCCUCACCUCUGCCAUCUUGGGUUUGGAGAAGUAAAGUUGGGAGUCUGGAAGAGUGGUCCUGGGAGAAAUAGUGCUAAACCCACUCCCCCGUUAAGCCCCCUAUCCAAAUCUGAGAAUGUCCUAGACCAGGGUCCUUGAAUAGCAGAAAGCCUCCAGAAGUUGCUGCAUCUUAGUAGGUUGGGUGAAGGGUCAGCAAAAGAGGACGUCCACCAUGACCCAGGGAAUGAAGAUACUAUCAGCAAAUAAUUUCUAUUUGUUCAGUCUUUCAUUUAGAAUGAGCCGAGCCUAUCCUUUACGAUACCAUCUGAACACCUAUCCUUAAAAGAGGGAAGAUUUUAGUAGAGGUUUGUUUUGUGCUGUUUGAAAAUAUUGUCUUUGUAAUUAUUUUUGACAUGUAAUGAAUAUCUGCUGUAUGUUAACUUUUUGCAGCUUGCUUCUGAGGGACAAAAUUAUAAAACAGGAAGUCCCCGUCACAAUCUCAAAGUUCUGCAAAGGCCAGAUCUGUUACGUGGUUGAAUAGGAGACCCCGAGCAAUUGUGUGGUCACUGGCUCUCUCUUACCCCAUAGGUUACAUCACAGUCACACGCUUGGUGGCUUAUGUUGACCUAAGAUUUAUUUUGUUAAAAUCUUUCUCUGUUGCUGUUCAUUUUUGUUCUGUUCAGUUCUGUUUUGUUUUGUUUUUUUUUAAAGUCUUGCUGUGGUCUCUGUGGCAGAAGUGUUUCAUGCAUGCCGGCAGGCCUGUUGCUUUUUUAUGGUGAUUCCCAUUGAAAAUGUAAGUAAACGUCUGUGGCCUUGUUUUCUCUAUGGUAAAGAUAUUAUUCACCAUGUAAAACAGACAAAAAAAAUAUUUAUUGUAUUUUAGUAUAUUUAUAUAAUUAUGUUAUUGAAAAAAAAAUUGGCAUUAAAACUUAACCGCAUCAGAAGCCUAUUGUAAAUACAAGUUCUA